UUGGUGAUAAUCAUGCCGGACGUGCAGGUCCUUGUGAAUGAUUUCCUUAACAACCUUAAAAAACGUAAAAUUGAGGGCUCGCAGGCCACAGCAAGGCAGACGGCCGAAUUGCUUCGGUCGGUGAUUUCACAGCAGCGAGUGUCGUACACAAACCAGGCUGGAGCUUUGAUGGAUGCUGUAAGGGCAGUUGGGGAGCUGCUGAUUGCUGCAAAUCCUGUGGAGCUUGCUGUCGGUAAUAUUGUGAGGCGUGUUUUGCACAUUAUUAGGGAGGAGGAUCUAUCUCUCACAACGGCUGCUAUUGCUGGUUUGGGCGUAUCGGCUGUUAGUGAUGAUGAUGAUGAUGCUGAGCACAAUGAUCAUCCAGUUCUAUCAGCUGCUUCUCUUGUUGCUGCUGCAAGAAGCACUUUGCGUCCACCUUCCUUGCAGACCCUUCUUGAGGAUGUGCCUGACUCAGCAGCUGUUCCUCACACUUCUUCCUCUGGGGGUGAUUCUGAUGGAAAAAGCAGAUAUGAGCUUAGCAGUUUUUAUUUUAUUCAGUUAUAA